AUGGCCAUGGGGAGAGGUAUUGGAAUGACAGGCUUUGAUGGCUGCUUGGCAGUGAGGGAUGGAGAGGAGGGAAGGCUCGGGGACAGGGUGGAGGCGGAUUCGAGAGUCUUCAUGGGUGUGGUGCCAUUCACGGAGACGGAGGAGACAGCAGAAGCAGUGAAUCUCAUAGAUCAAGCCACUCCCUGCAUUCCAAUUGAUGAAUAUCGGAAAAACUCAAGUUUUAUGGAGCCUGCCCAAGGUCACGCAGCCGCCGAGGAACCGGGCCGGACCCGAGCCCGCGCGCCUGAAGGGCGGGAGGCGGGGACUGGGCGCGAGCGGCAACCCCCGGCCCCGGCCCCGAGCGCGAACGCUCCGGAGCCCCCGCGCGCAGCCGCCGGCCGCAGCCCGGGGUCCCACCUCGACCCCGCCUUCCGCCGGGAAGACCCCCCGCGCCCGGGCGUCGCGGGCGAGGGGCGCGCGCACGGACGAGACCGCACCGCGGCGCACGCGCACACGCGGGCAUUCACUCGCCCGCCGCCCAGGAUGAGACGCGAGGCAUGGAAAGUUCCAGCCGGUUCGAGAGCCCUAGGUAGCAGGCGCGGCGGAGGGGGCGCGGUCGCGAGACUGCCAGAGCCUUUAAGCCCGGGCUCGCGCGGCCGGAGCGUGCUUUCGCCGCCCGGCCCAGUACGCGCCAGGUCGCUGCCGUCCCCGCGGUCCCGCCACUUUGCGUCCCGGGAGCCGGCUCAGUCCGGAGCCGCCGCCUCGCGUUCGGGCAUGCCCCGCUACGAGCUGGCUUUGAUCCUGAAAGCCAUGCAGCGGCCAGAGACUGCUGCUGCUUUGAAACGUACGAUAGAAGCCCUGAUGGACAGAGGAGCAGUCGUGAGGGCCCUGGAAAACCUGGGUGAACGAGCACUGCCGUAUAAGAUGUCCGUGCACAGCCAGCGGCACAGUCGAGGCGGGUAUUUCUUGGUGGAUUUUUAUGCACCAACAACAGCUGUUGAAAGCAUGAUGGAGCACUUGUCUCGAGACAUUGAUGUGAUUAGACCGAAUAUUAUAAAACACCCUCUGACCCAGGAAGUAAAAGAGUGUGAAGGGAUCGUCCCGGUCCCACUUGAAGAAAAAUUAUAUUCCACAAAGAAGAAGAAGAAGUGAGAAGAUUGAGCAGCAAAGCCCUGCAUUUAAUUCUGUCCCAUUUGAGCAGCAUGGGUGACGUGAAUAGUUUGCAGGCGCGGCCUUUGUGUGAGCGUGUGUGGCAGGUGUGGCUGAUUUUCCUAGGAUAUUUUUAGCUCUUGGUCCCCUUCGCUUGGAGAGGUGGGGGAACUGCCUGCUGAGAACUGCUCUGUAAUCUGCUGCCAGCAAAUCACUCCGGAUUUUGUUUUCAUCAAUGUAAUUUCUCUGUCAGGACUUUCCCCCUCAAAACAGUAACAUUUUGAAGAGCAAAACUUAUAAAACUGCCUGGGAUUGUAAGCUAGUCAUCCAGACUGUAUAACGUGCAAAAAUAAAAUUUGAAGACUACUGGAUUAUGUGGGCAGC